AGUGGGGCGCCGGGGCGGGGCGGAGAGCCUAGCGCCAACCGGCUAGCGCCCGAGCCCGGCGUGCUGCCCGCUCGCCGCCCGCCAUGACCCGCGCAGCCCAGCUGCUCGCCGCGUUGACCGCGCUCCUCGCUGCUGCCGCUGCUGGCGGAGAUGCCCCGCCGGGCAAAAUCGGUGCGGGAAGGACGCGGUGGGGUUCCCAGCUGGGAAGGGCCGGCGGCGGUGGUUGGGGCCGGGAUUGGGGGCUCUGCUGUGGCCCAUUUCCUCCAGCAGCACUUUGGACCUCGGGUGCAGAUCGACGUGUACGAGAAGGGAACCGUGGGUGGACGCCUGGCCACCAUCUCAGUCAACAAGCAGCACUACGAGAGCGGGGCUGCCUCCUUCCACUCCCUGAGCCUGCACAUGCAGGACUUCGUCAAGCUGCUGGAUGGAGCAACAGAGACAAGAGAGGGGAAGGAACUUGCCUGAGGUUACACAGGCUGAGGCACCGGCGCGAGGUGGUGGGCAGGAGCGCCAUCUUCGGUGGGGAGCACUUCGUGCUGGAGGAGACCGACUGGUACCUGCUGAACCUCUUCCGCCUCUGGUGGCACUACGGCAUCAGCUUCCUGAGGCUGCAGAUGUGGGUGGAGGAGGUCAUGGAGAAGUUCAUGAGGAUCUAUAAGUACCAGGCCCACGGCUAUGCCUUCUCGGGUGUGGAGGAGCUGCUCUACUCACUGGGGGAGUCCACGUUUGUUAACAUGACCCAGCACUCUGUGGCCGAGUCCCUGCUGCAGGUGGGCGUCACGCAGCGCUUUAUUGAUGACGUCGUUUCUGCUGUCCUGCGUGCCAGCUAUGGCCAGUCAGCAGCGAUGCCCGCCUUUGCAGGAGCCAUGUCACUAGCCGGAGCCCAAGGCAGCCUGUGGUCUGUGGAAGGAGGCAAUAAGCUGGUUUGUUCCGGUUUGCUGAAGCUCACCAAGGCCAAUGUGAUCCAUGCCACAGUGACCUCUGUGACCCUGCACAGCACAGAGGGGAAAGCCCUGUACCAGGUGGCGUAUGAGAAUGAGGUAGGCAACAGCUCUGACUUCUAUGACAUCGUGGUCAUCGCCACCCCCAUGCACCUGGACAACAGCAGCAGCAACUUAACCUUUGCAGGCUUCCACCCGCCCAUUGAUGACGUGCAGGGCUCUUUCCAACCCACCGUCGUCUCCUUGGUCCACGGCUACCUCAACUCUUCCUACUUUGGUUUCCCAGACCCUAAGCUUUUCCCCUUUGCCAACAUCCUUACCACAGAUUUCCCCAGCUUCUUCUGCACUCUGGACAACAUCUGCCCUGUCAACAUCUCUGCCAGCUUCCGGCGAAAGCAGCCCCAGGAGGCAGCUGUUUGGCGAGUCCAGUCCCCCAAGCCCCUCUUUCGGACCCAGCUAAAGACCCUCUUCCGUUCCUAUUACUCAGUGCAGACAGCUGAGUGGCAGGCCCAUCCCCUCUAUGGCUCCGGCCCCACGCUCCCGAGGUUUGCACUCCAUGACCAGCUCUUCUACCUCAAUGCCCUGGAGUGGGCAGCCAGCUCCGUGGAGGUGAUGGCCGUGGCUGCCAAGAAUGUGGCCUUGCUGGCUUACAACCGCUGGUACCAGGACCUAGACAAGAUUGAUCAAAAAGAUUUGAUGCACAAGGUCAAGACUGAACUGUGAGGGCUCUGGGGAGAGCCUGGGAACUUUCAUCCCCCCCACGGAAGAUGGAUCACCCCACAGCAGCCCAGGACUGAAUAAGCCAUGCUCGCCCACCAGGCCUCUUUCUGACCCCUCAUGUAUCAAGCGUCUCCAGGUGACCUACUGUCUGCCUAUAUUAAGGGUCCACACAGCGGCUGCUGCCUUUUUUUAAGGAGGAAAGUAAGGAAAGAGAAGGAAAUCCAAGCCAGUGUAUUUAUUUUUUUUAAGAAGAAUGAAGUUCGUCUUCACAAGGUGCGUCAGACUUGGUUUUUUUAGCUAGAAACCAGAAGACUAUGGGAGGGAAUAUAAGGCAGAGAACUAUGAGUCUUAUUUUAUUACUGUUUUUCACUACCUACUCCCACAAUGGACAAUCAAUUGAGGCAACCUACAAGAAAACAUUUACAACAAGAUGGUUACAAAUAAAGUAGAAGGGAAGAUCAGAACCUAAGAAAUGAUCAUAACUCCUGGUUACUGUGGACUUGCUAGAUUUGAGGUACCUAGUUCAGAACUCCCUAGUCACCAUCUCCGAGCCUUUCAACAUCACUGCAUAUUAGAGGAGACGACUGUGGUAGGACCCAAGGAAGAGAUGUGUGCCUGAACAGUCAUCACCAUAUCUCCAAGCUUCCUGGCAACCAGUGGGAAAAGAGAAACAUGCGAGGCUGUAGGAAGAGAGAAGCUUUUCCUUGGCACCUAGAGAAAUUAGCCAUUCUCUUCCUUAUGCAAAGAUUGAGGAAUGCAACAACAUAAAGAGAAGUCCCCAGAUGGUAGAGAGCAGUCAUAUCUCACCCCUAGAUGUUCAUCCCAGCAGAAGGAAAAGAAAAGAAGGUGUUGGGGUAGGAUUCUUCAGAGGUUAGCCUGGUACUUUCUCAUCAGACACUAGCUUGAAGUAAGAGAAGAAUUAUGCUUUUCUUUGAUUUUUCUACAAACCCUUAAAAAUCACUUGUUUUAAAAAGAAAGUAAAAGCCCUUUUCAUUC